GAACACACAGUGUAUAUAAUCAAACCAAACAAUACAGAUUUUUGAAUAUAUAAAAAAACCACACAAACAAAACAUUGCGUGUGGUAAAUCAUACAGAAUAUUUCUUCCGAACCGAACAGAUAAACACAAAUCGCACAAAUUCUUAUUUACAUAAUUUGACGAGUGUCUUUUGUCACUCUCUCUGUCUCUAUCUUUCGGUAUUUUAUCCAUCAUAAAGUCAAAAUAAAGAAAAGUUUGUUUACCGUGAUUUGAUCAUCGAAUGAUUUAAAAGACAUAAAAUUUUAUUCGUUUUAAAUAUUCGUGAGGUGUAUCUCAAGAUCGGUAGAAAAAAUGUCGUGUUUUAGUUCACCGGAUGAAAACAAAGAUGAACAAGUCUAUAAGCCAGCAACUUCCCGCGGUUGCACAGAUGUUUUUUGGCUUGCAUUAUACAUCAUCUUUUGGUUGUUUAUGAUUGCGAUUGCGGUGUUUGCAUUUGUCUAUGGUAGUCCAGUUCGUUUGAUAAAUGGCUUCGAUAGUUUUGGCAAUACAUGCGGUGUCGAGCACAAUGAUCGCUUCCAAAAUUUCAAUUUGUCUGGUCUCAAUAUGGCCAAAAAGCCAUAUGUAUUUUUCCUUGAUAUCAAAGAAUGGCAACAAACACUGAAAAUAUGCGUCGAAAGUUGUCCCGAUCGUAAUAUUCUGGACCAAGAUCAAUUGUACCGAUAUUACAAGGAGACAAACAGUCAUUUGUGUCAGUAUGAUUUCAAUAUGACACUGUUGGAAAAACCCAUUCCAAAUAAUAUGACUUAUUUUCAUAUUCUUGGACCGUGUCCAAAGCUCCCCGUCUAUGAAAGCAAAGCAUUGCUACACCGAUGCAUUCCCACUAAUCACAAGUCUGUCCAGGGCGUCCAAAAGGCAUUCGAUGUUCUGAACUCAUGGACAACUGCUCAACAAGUAUUCAGCGAUUUGUACAACACUUGGCCAACAAUUUUAAUGAUGUGUUUCGUUGCUUUUGUUCUGUCAUUGUUUAUGAUCGGCAUGAUGGGCGUAUUGACCAGCAUAAUUUCAUGGUUAAUUUGUAUAUUUGCUAUCAUUGCAAGCAUCGCAAUCACCGUUGUGCUAUGGAUUACCUAUUUGGAUGUGAGCAAAGUAAAAAUGGAUGAUUUUGAAUACUCGAACUUUGACGAAUUCUUACGGAAUGAAACAAUGAUUAAAUCAAUGGCAAUUAUUGCCACCAUCAUUAUGAUCAUGGUAAUAGUGGUGGUAUUUUUAAUGCGAAAGAAAUUAAGCGGUUUGGCUGCUCUUUUCGAGGAGGCCAGCAGUUGUAUGUUGGAAAUGCCAAGUUUAGUGAUUCCAUCGAUUCUUGCCUCAAUUGCAUUGGCAUUAUUCUUAGCAUUUUGGGUAACUGUUGUGGUGUGCUUAGCAACUGCAAAACAUCCAGACUACAAGCCAUUGCUCAAACAAUCACCGGGCAAUAUAAGUGAAUUGGCCACCAUUCCUUUGCCAUCGAUUCCCAUUCGAAAUAACACCGGUCCCGAUUAUAAAACAUUCACAUUCAUUGAAUAUUAUGAUGUUGAUGUACUACAAAAUAUGUUCUGGUUCUAUUUAGUUGGAUUGAUUUGGACAUGCGAGUUUAUAUUUGCGUGUCAACAAUUGGCAUUGGCUGGUGCUGUCGUAUUUUGGUACUUCCGGAAACCUACCGAUUCACCGGUUCUCACUGCGAUUGGAAAACUUUUAAAGUAUCACUUGGGCAGCGCUGCAAAGGGAUCAAUUCUUAUAACAUUGUUCAAAAUUCCACGAUUGAUUCUGACCUAUUUGUAUGCAAAAUUGAAGACGGGAAGUGAUAAAGGAUCCGAAUGUGCUCAAUGCUGUAUGAAAUCGUGCAUUUGCUGCUUCUGGUUCCUUGAGAAAUUCAUUCGAUUUUUAAAUCAUAAUGCAUACACUGUCAUCGCCAUUGAAAAUAUCAACUUUUGUCCGGCAGCUGGUGUUGCCUGGAAUGCAAUGAUGGCAAACAGCAUUCAAGUGGCAACAAUCAAUGGAAUUGGUGAUUUCAUUCUCUUCUUGGGCAAAUUGGCGGUGGGAUUGAUUUGUGGAUUGAUAAGUGUGUUGUUGUUGCGUCAUCGUGAUGACGUUCACUUCUACAUGCUGCCAGCAUUCUUCAUUGCACUCUUCUCAUUCUUUAUCGCUCAUAUAAUUCUGUCUCUGUUCGAGAUGGUUGUUGAUACUCUAUUUCUGUGUGUAUGUGAAGAUCGUGCCAUCAACGGAUCGCAAGGACGUUACAAAGAGAGUAAAUUGGCCCAUCUUGUGGGUGAAGAGCCAAAUGAACAGCCCGACGGACAAGAGGUGGUCGAGGAAACCAUUCGUCAAGUUGAAAUGGCUCCAAUAAAUCGACAACCAUUCAGUUUACAUGCCUAGACAUUGUCCACACAUAAACUGACGACGAAAGUAUGAAAGGAAAGAUUAAUUAUGCAGUGCCUGUGUAAGCGCUUUUAUUUCAGAAGAGGCUUAGACGUGUUUGUAUCUUACAAAAAAAAAAAACAAAAGAAAAAAACAAAAAAAUAUGAAUUGAAAAGUGUGCUUAUGAACAAGAUAAUGAAUCUUACAUAAUAAUGUUAAGCUUUAAUAUUUGCUCCUAAAUUAUUCUUCAAUGUUCAAUCGCUUUAAGCUUCAUACCGUCCAAUGUGACACAAAACAAAAUGGAAAUUCUAAUCAACCGCAGAAAAACGGUAACAUUUUUUUAUCUCCAUCUUAGAAACAAUAACAGUCAUAUUUGAACAACGAUAAUUUACCAUCAUUUACUUAGUUUUACUAAAUUUUAGCUUACUUUCAUACAUUGAUUUUUGGAUAGGAUAGAUCCGUAAGAUCUCCGUGUAUCAUACGGCGGAGUACGCACGCCUAGAUCCAGCUCUUGUGGAACUAUCCUAUCCAAAAAUCAAUGUAUGCUUAUUUUAUAACAAAACCAACGAACAAUUUACAAUAUGCAUUUUAAAUCCUCCAUUAUUAUUGAACAUGGUGAAGAAACACUUGAAUUACAUGAAAGAAUUGUGAACGAAAACGAGAGCAACAGGAAUUAAUUGAGAAUCGAUCGUGUCUCUUGUGACCUCCUAAAUAUACUCGAACUUUUUUCAUUCAAAAGUAAAAAAAAAAAACAUUUGCAAACAUGUAACAAUAGCAUUUGGAAGUGACGAAACUGGUUUUAAAUUUGACCAA